UGCAAACGAGUGGGGAAGUAGAGAAAAAAAGGAAGAAGCAAAAGUGUUUUAAGGAAGGAGUGUGAAAACAUGAUGGAGAUCGAGGAAGUAAACAACUACGAGGCACUGCCACUUCUCUCAUUGAAUCAUGUCUCGUUGUUGUGUAGAUCAGUUUGGGAUUCCGUGCGGUUCUAUGAAGAAGUCUUGGGCUUUGUUCUCAUCAAACGCCCCUCUUCUUUCAAGUUUAAUGGAGCUUGGUUGUAUAACUAUGGCAUUGGGAUACACUUAAUCGAGAAUCCAGCAAUUGAUGAUUUUGACACCAUUGUUGAACCACGGCCAAUUAAUCCCAAGGACAAUCACAUAUCCUUCCAGUGCACAGAUGUUGGCCUUGUCAAAAGGAGGCUGCAAGACAUGGGAAUGAAGUAUGUCACAGCUGUGGUUGAAGAUGAUGGGAAUAGGGUUGAUCAGGUGUUCUUCCAUGACCCAGAUGGGUACAUGAUUGAGCUCUGCAACUGUGAGAACAUCCCCAUCCUCCCUCUCUCCUCCUGCUCAUUCAAGCCAAGGCUAAGCAGUUUCAAGAAGGCUGCACCAGCUAACUGUGGAUUCAUGGAAAAUGUGAUGAUGGAGAGCUUGAGCAUGGACAUGUUGAACAUCUCAUUUUGAAUUGCACAAAAAGAAAACAUUGUGAACAACUUCACUUUUCUUUUCUGCUAUUCUAUGCUUGCAAUUGUUUUACAGGUCUUAUAUGGUCUGGUGUCUUGGUUCUUCUGAAGAAAUUGUAUUGGUUUUAGCAUUUAAUAAGUUUGUUGGGAAUUGAGUUGUAAUCCCUAUGUAAUAUAUACACCCUUUAAGCCUAGAUGAGGCCUCUGAUUGUAUCAACAUUGGAAAUAUGGCCUCUGAUAGAUCAAAAGGAUGAAAGAAAUGAUUCUGCAAAAAACAAAGGCAAGAGUUUGCCGUGUUCUGCCUUGGCCUGGCAGGGCCAGCUGCCACUGUUCAUCUGUGAAAUGUCAAUUUUGCAGCAGCUGCUGCGUUUUUGUUAUAAAA